CAGUUUUGCAGAGUGGAAUAUUCCUGCUCAGUCGGCUAGCCAGCAGCUAGCUAUGCCCACUUCCUGGAAACUCCUUUUUAUUCCGUUUUCUGACAGGCACUUGGCAUUCUGUGGCCACUGAGCAUGCUUAGUCCUCACUUUGAGGGGGAAUUGCUUUCUCAGUGUGUGUUCCUUUUAAAAACAACAACUGUAGUUCUGCAACCUUGGGGCUACACCAAGCAAGCUGAUAUCUCUCUGUGGCCCUGUUUUGGCUACAAUCUUGUUGGCACUAAGCAGUCAAGUUCACUUUUAGAGAGCCCUCUCCUGCAAUAAAGCUGGAUGGAAUUAGGUUUAGACACUUAUGUCUUCUAGGUUGGAGAGCUUCCUUCCCUGUACCUGCAUAUGGUAGGAGAGUUCACUAUUUACCCCCCUGUUCAGUUCCCCUUUAACAUUUACCCUGAAUUCUGUGAAUUGGCCAAUGGCUCAAGUGCCUAGCAUUCUAGUGACCACGGCAACCAGAGGGGGAGGUGUUCUCUGUCAGCGGAGGAGUGGACCAGACAGGAAUGGGUUAACUCUCCUGGAAGCAGAGUCAGCAUUAUAACACAAAAGUUUAGCUGGUGGCCGAACGGAAGGGGAGGAACCUUCUCCCGUUCUCCAGUUUUUGACUCUGCCUUCAGUGAGCAACAGAGUCAGCCUAUUCCUCCUGGGUCCCCAUAAGGGAUUCAGGAACAAUUUUAGCUAUUUUUUUUCUGCUCAGAGUUUGUCAUCAUCAACUGCAGUCGAAGUGCACAGACGUCUGCUUCUCUUCUUUCACUUCCCGCCCUCAAUGAACAGUCAGAUUGGAGGGAGGAAGAGAGGGAUUGUUCUUUCUGAAGAGGCACUGGAAGUGGCGGAGGCCGGGAUCUGUCUCGUGCCUCCCCCUGCCGUCCCUUAUUGAACGCUCUUACACAGUCUCAAGGAGAGGGAAGCUUUCAGAAGCGUUUUAAGACCUUGGAGGAGCAGAGAUUGGUCUUUUGCUAUCCAAGGCGUUCUGUUGAUUAAAAAAAAAACCCUGGGGCAGCAGGCCUCUGCUAAGCAUGGUUGGCCUCCUUGCUGCAUUGUUCUCAGGUAAAGCCACUAAGCUUUCUUUUUCUAAUCAGGGGAGGGGGAAGCUCCAGCUCCAACCUUUUUCUCUCUUCAGCUGUGAUUUUUAACUAUACCGGGGGGAAGAGAUAGCCCUUCUCGUGCCUCUGCAGAGGAAGGUGAGUCCCUGAGUGUGUGGGGGGGAAUCUACAUCUCAAUUAGGCAAUCCAUUAGUCACUCUAGCCUCAGUGGCAGGAAGCAUGCUAGACUCCCCGCCUGAAAUAGUUUCAUUUCCUCAUCUCCCUUCUACUCAGCCGGGAGGAGGGGAAGAUGCACACGUGGCUCCUGCAGGAAAAAAGUGCGCCAAAUCUCACCAUCUAGAUAAGCCCUCUACCUCUGCGGCUGUGUUGGUCUGGUUUAACAAGGCCAUGGCAGGGGCUUCCUUAGGCAAGCGUUGGGCCCAUGCACAUAGGAGAAAAGGCUCCAAGCACUCCAGGGCACGAUGCCAUGAUUUCUUCUCAUUUUCCUCCUCUUCCUGGGAGGCCAGCCCAGUUAGGGAAAGGGGGAAGAGUAAAAGAAGGGGCUCCAUACAGAAACGUAAACCACACAAAGAUAAAUGCAAAAGAUGCUCCAGCUCUGGGUUCCCACCUGACUGCCUUUCCCUUAGCCCAGGCUCCUGGGGGGAGGAUGCUGACCUUACAGCAGUGGUACAUGCUCUGGUAACCUCACGUUUGGAUUACUGUAAUGCGCUUUACGUAGGGCUACCUUUGAAGACAGUUCGGAAGCUACAGCUAGUGCAAAAUGCGGCGGCCAGAUUGCUAACAAGGAUCAAGCGGUCCAAGCAUAUAACGCCUGUUCUGGCCCGCUUGCACUGGUUGCCAAUAUGUUUCCGGGCCAGAUUCAAAGUGUUGGUAUUGACCUAUAAAGCCUUAUACGGUGCGGGACCACGAUACCUUGCGGAACGCCUCUUCCGAUAUGAACUGGCCCGUACACUACGUUCUGCUACGAAGGCCCUCCUCCGGGUUCCAACUCACAGGGAGGCCUGGAGGGUAGUGAUGAGAUCUAGGGCCUUCUCAGUGGUGGCCCCUGAACUAUGGAACAGUCUCCCCGAGGAAGUACGCCUGGCGCCGACUCUGCUCUCUUUUCGGCGCCAGGUCAAAACCUUCCUAUUCUCUGAAGCAUUUUGAGUUAAAUUGAUUUACUUUUAAAAAUGUUAUUGUAUUGGAUUUUUGAUUGUAUUAUUUAGUAUUAUUUUGUUAUUUAUUGGAUUUUUUAUGCUAUUUUAUGUUCACCGCCCAGAGAGCUAUUGCUAGUCGGGCGGUAUAUAAAUCUAAUAAAUAAAUAAAUAAAUAAUCAGACUCAGAAAAGAAAGAAGGGGAACUCUCAGAGGAGGAUUCCCUUAUGCCAUCCCCAGUGCAUAAGAGGCUAUAUUCCCUGACUCCUAUCCUAUUUUGAUUUCUAAGGCUAUGGCCUGCCUUCAGUUAGAACACCCUAAGGAAACUCCUCAGGAGGGGGAACUAGAGGAAGGGGAACAGAGAUCUUCAGACAUCUUCCCCAGGUCAGGGGAUCAGAAGAUUGUCAUUCCCUUUCCAAAGUUCUUCAAGGACAUUGUUAAGGAAGAAUGGGAUCACCCAGCCAAAUCCAAAGCGCCACAUGCUCUGUCCAAGAAGCUAUAUGCUCUUCCUGCCAUGACCAUGGCAACCCUUCAGGUCCCGGCCAUUGACGAGCCUGUGUCUGCCCUCAGGGCCAAGACAGCUAUUCCCAAAGAAGGAGCAGAUACUCUUUCAGACCAAAGUGACAGGCACAGUGAGGGUAUCUUAAAACGCACACACGAAGCAUCUGCAUUGGCCAUGAGAGCUUUGGCAGCCAGCUCCUUCCUGGCAUGGGCUGCAGUAAAGUGGGCUAAAGUGCUACUAUCAGAAGUGCCUCCUGAUGCCAGACACAUCAGGGAGGAGCUGCACAAAUUGGCUAAAACAGCUGAAUUCCUUGCAGAUUCCUCCUUAGCUUACAGAACUCAGCAAGAGCUCUUGGAUAUGGAGUGGUAGUAAGACGCAAUAUAUGGCUGAAACAGUAAGAAGUGGACCAUUACUCCAAAGCCAGUCUUGCAGCUCUGCCCUACGCAGGUGGGCAGCUUUUUGGCAAGUUUCUAGAGUGCCACUUGGUGGAGACCAAGGAUAAAAAGAAGGCUCUUUCUUCCGCUCCCAGGAAGGAUGAGAAAUCCCGUAAGAAGGCUUCACAUUCCUUUUGUCCCAAGGGCUAUCCAACUACCCAGAGGACUACACAUCAGUUCUGGGGGUCCUGGAACUCUUCCUGGAAUUCCUCCCGCUAGUGCACCCGUUCCACACCCUCCAGUGGCGGGGGAGGCAACAAACAUCGUCAAAACCCCAAGCCCAGUGUCAAGCAAAGCCAUGCAUGAUGCCAGGACAGCCCAGGUGGGGGGCAGACUUCAAUAUUUUGCACAUGCCUGGAUGGCCACCACAGACAAAUGGAUACUGAGCACCAUCCAGUCUGGCUACUCCCUAGUUUGCCACCAUUCCUCAGGACAUUCCUCAUCAGCCGGAGAAGUGGCAGAGCACCCUGGAUGCCAUUUCUCACCUCCUUGAUAUAGGCACCAUAGAACCUGUGCCAGAGUAUCAGCGGUCCUCAGGAGUCUUCUCUGUGUUCUUUACAGUUCCCAAACGCAAUGGCAAUUACUGCGCCAUCUUGGAUUUAAAAUUCCUGAACCGCUUCCUGCGGACAAAGAAGUUCAAGAUGGAGACAUUUAGGUCUACUGCGGAAGCCAUUCAACAUGGGGACUUCCUGGGAUCUAUAGAUCUCACAGAGGCAUACUUGCAUGUCCCCAUUCUCCAGCAGCACAGACGCUUCCUCCGCUUUGCGCAUGGCCACCACCAGUUUCAAUACAGGGCCAUGCCCUUCGGCCUUGCCUUGGCCCCGUAAGUGUUGACCAAAAUAAUGGUAGCAGUAGUGGCACACCUUCGCACUCAGGGAGUCCACAUAUACCCUUACCUGGACGACCUUCUGGUGAGGGCCUCUUCAGCGACAGUGGCGCAAUGGGAUCUCCAGACUAUCUUCCAGUGUCUGGGGAACCACGGCUUCAUCAUCAACAGGGACAAGAGCCAUCUGAUACCCACCCAGCGCCUUCAACAUCUGGGAGUGGUCAUCGACACAACUCAAAGCAAGCUCUUCCUGUCCACUGAUCGCACGGACAAGCUCCUGCGCCCAGCUGCACAUGUGCCUGCAAGGUAGCCAGGCUCCUCUGAUGGAACUGGCUCAGAUGCAGGGCUCCAUGAUAGCGGCCAUAGACUCACUGCUGUGGGUCCGCUUCCACUCAAGAGCCCUGCAGUGGCUGCUUCUUCCAUCUCAGGACCAGAUCACCUCACGCCAGCACUGGCUCAUCACCCUCCCGAGGCAUGUGCAGGAGUCCCUCCAGUGCUGGGGACGUUUACCCUCAGAUCUCCAACAGUCUCAAUAGUCAUCACAGAUGCGAGCCUAUAUGGCUGGGGGGUGACCUGUUGCUCCAACAUUGCACAGAGGAAGUGGUCAGUGCAGGAGCUGUGCCAGUCAAUCAACUGGUUGGAGCUCAGAGCAAUCCAACUAGCACUCCAGGAGUUCCUACAUCUUAUUUAUCAGACUCAUGCUGGUAUGCACCAACAACAUCACAGCCAAAUCACAUGUCUGCAAACAAUGGGGCACAAAAUCAGGCCCUCUUCAGAGGAGACCAACCUGCUGUUCCAGUGGGCAGAAAGGCACCUGGCUUCCAUUUCAGCCAUACAUGUAUAGGGGAUCCUGAACACACAAGCUGACUGGCUGAGCCGGGAACAAGUCCACCUGGGAGAGUGGGCCCUUCACCAGGACGUAUUCCUAGAGAUCACUUGGAAGUGGGGGCUCCCAUGCAUGGACCUGUUUGCCUCAUCGGUGAAUGCCCAACUGGACCAGUUCAUGGCACAAGGCUGGGAUCCACGUGUCCAGGACAUAGACGCCAUGUCAGCCCCCUGGUCUUGGGGACUCCUCUACGCCUUCCUGCCUCUACCUCUUCUGUCCAGGCUGCUGCGCAGACUCAGAGUUCUUCAGGCCCAGGUGAUAGUGGUGGCUCCACACUGGCCACAGAGACUGUGGUUUUCCGACCUAGUGGACCUCAGCUCCAGUCUGCCGUGGCGUCUUCCCUCCAGACCAGAUCUCCUCUCACAAGGACCCAUCCUUCACCCAGACCGAGAGUGGCUCCAGCUUCACACUUGGAGGCUGAGCAACAGCGGCUAAGUGAAGAGGGGCAGUCUGAGAGGGUUGUUUCCACCAUUCUGGUUUCUUGCAAACAAUCCACCCAGAGAAUUUACAACCUCACAUGGAAGGCAUUCAACAAGCGGUAUAGACGCAGUUACCUGCCACGGAAUGCACACCAUUCUCAAUUUCCCGCAAGACGGUCUGGACCAGGGACUAGCCCCCAACACACUCGAGAGACAGGCAGAGGCCCUAGGCAGUGUGUUUCCGAUGUUGGGGGGCCAUUCCAUUUCCUCUUACCCUCCAGUCAAAUGCUUUCUCCGAGGGGCAACCCUGCUGUCACCUCCAGUGCAACAUAGGUUUCCCUCCUGGGAUCUUUCGUUAGUCUUUAGAGCUGUCUCACAACAUCCAUUUGAACCAGCACGUUCAAUACAAUCAAGGACCUCACCCUCAAGACAGUUUUUCUGGUGGCAAUCACCUCAGCCAGGAGGGUGGGGGAACUAGGGGUCCUCUCCAUCCGGGAGGAGCUGUGCAUUUUUCACCCAGACAAGGUGGUUCUUUGCCCUGAUCCCAGUUUUCUACCCAAGGUCAAUUCCUCGUUCCACAGGGGACACGGCAUUUCCCUACCCAACUUCUGCCCCAACCAUCCCAUCACAGGGAGAAGAAAUGGCACAAACUCGAUGUCAAGCGGGCACUUCGGAUCUGCCUGGACCGUACAGAACCAUUCAGAAGUUUCAAGUUCAUGUAGGUGGAAUGGACGGCUGCUCAGUACUCGGUUUUUUACAGCUGUGUCACAAACUGGAGAAUGGGAGAAGGUUCCUCCCCCUCCUGCCGGCCACCAGCUAAACUUUUGUGUUAUAGUGCUGACCCUGCCUCAAGGAGAGUUAACUCAUUCCUGUCUGCUGCACUCUCCGCUGACCAGAAGGACUCUUCACUGUAAGUCCAACUUUCCGUUUUCCCCAACUUCUUCUGAAAAUAUUGGUAUAACAGCAGUUCUCAGUUUCAUGUAUUCUGAUGUGAUUUAAGAUAUAUGAUCAAUCCUUGCCUGUUUUGUGAAUGUUUGGAACUAUAGCCGU